ACAUUCUUACGAGCCAGUGGCACUCGUUGUUGUUAAAUACUUUACCGGAGAAGAUUUAGUGUGUCUAUUUCUUCGUCUUUACGCAUAAAACGCACUUUUUUUUAGCACUGCAAAAGGCACAAAGAUUUUUUUUUUCCAUUACCAAGCGAACUGGUCAGCGGAAGGAAGCAGACAGUACAGACAGGAGGCUGAUUGCGUAGACCACGAAUGCAGCGGAAUUUCAGACUAUCGAGUCUCCCCCAAACUAAGACUGUUGACCCCUCUGUUUUAGUAUAGAGCGGACUCUCCGGCUACAUCUUGGCUUCCGUACUACUCCCCUGUCCACUAAAAGUGAACGCACCGCACUAUCACGAGAGUGCAUUUGUUCCACGUGCUGUUUUUCCAGUGUCUGUUUUGGACUGACACCCCCCUGGAGUCACCUGUCUCGCUCGAGGUCCACAGUUCUUCUAGUCGAAUUGAAUGGCUCGACCGGCUUUCACUGAUUCGGAAACCUCGGAUGAUGCAGUCAGAGCUACCUGCGAUGACGCCUCUAUCUGUAAGAGGUAUGCUGCCAGUAAAGGUUACUGGAAAGAUGCCUUUAUCCAGUAUUUUGUGAGACAGACAAGUGACAGGAAAGCUCCAGAAAUCAACCGAGGUUACUACGCACGUGUCAAAGGUGUGAACUACCUCCUUGAUGCAUUUGUGCGCAGGUGUGAACAGAAUUGUCAAAUAAUCAACCUGGGAGCCGGCCUGGACACUACUUUCUGGAGGCUGAAGGAUGAAAAUCUUCUUCCAAGAAAAUACUUUGAAGUUGACUUUCCAAUGACUGUUGCAAGAAAGUUACACAACAUCAAGUCAAAGCCACCCCUCUCAAAACCCAUCAUAGAGACACACUCAACAGACACGCUUCUAAUUGAUAGCCAGAGCUUGAAUUCAGACCGGUACUGUAUUGUGGGAGCUGACUUGCGGGAUCCCCCCAUGCUAGAAGAGAAGCUACGGAAGUUUCAACUGGACACACAGUUACCCACGCUGCUGGUGGCAGAGUGUGUCCUUGUCUACAUGUCUCCAGAGCAGUCCUCUCAUUUGAUAAAAUGGGCAGCAAGCACCUUUCACACUGCCAUGUUUAUCAGCUAUGAGCAGGUAAAUAUGGCAGAUCGCUUUGGUCAAAUCAUGAUCGAGAACCUUCAGAGACGGCAUUGCAUCCUGGCUGGUGUGGAAUUCUGCAGGUCCCUGGAGUCGCAGAAAGACCGGUUCCUGUCAUGUGGCUGGAACAAGGUGGAAGCCCUAGACAUGAUGUCUGUGUAUAGCAAGCUGCCAGCAGAGGAUGUUGAGAGGAUGGAGCGCCUCGAAUUUCUGGAUGAGAAAGAACUCUUGCAGCAGCUUCUACAGCAUUACUGCAUCUGCUGGGCAUCUAAAGAUCAAAUGGCCUUAGGUCUGACUAAAGUAUCAUACUAAGGGAUGUAAAGAGGUGACUUCACAAGGAUGACAUCUUCCUGCAAACUAAGGGGUGGUAGGGAGGGUUGUCAAACAGAAGCUGAUGAAGAGCUUUAGCCAAACAUGUGGCAGCCUUGUCUGUGCAAGUGACUUUACUACUUAAUUAUGUGUACUUGACUGGAAUUUGAACCCAGAGCAAAAACUACUAUAAACAAAGUGACUGCUCCAA